UGGCUCUGUAGGGCUGACCUGGAAUUUAACUAGUCUUUCCUAAGCCAGCGGACUAGGACAAAAACAGCCACGACCUCGGGCAGGGUGGGACUUGAAGGACCGCACUCCCACCACGCUCUUGUUUGGGGCAGGUGCCUGGGUGUUUGGUUGUCUGAUCCUCAUUUUCGUGUGUGCGUGGCCACCAGAGUGGAGCCCACUGUGUAAUGGACUGCAGUAACGGAUGCUCCACAGAAUGUAGGGGAGGAGGAUCAAAAGAGGUGGUGGAGGCCUUUAAGGCUAAAGAUCUAAUAAUCACACCAGCCACCAUUUUAAAGGAAAAACCAGAUCCAAAUUCUCUCGUUUUUGGAACUGUGUUCACGGAUCACAUGUUGACAGUGGAGUGGUCUUCAGAGUUUGGAUGGGAGAAACCUCAUAUCAAGCCUCUUCAAAACCUGUCAUUGCAUCCUGGCUCCUCAGCUUUACACUACGCAGUGGAAUUAUUUGAAGGAUUGAAGGCAUUUCGAGGAGUAGAUAAUAAGAUUCGACUGUUUCGGCCAAACCUCAACUUAGAUAGAAUGUACCGAUCUGCAAUGAGGGCAACUUUGCCGGGAUUUGACAAAGAAGAACUUUUAGAGUGUAUUCAACAGCUUGUGAAAUUGGAUCAAGAAUGGGUCCCGUAUUCAACAUCUGCUAGUCUGUAUAUUCGUCCUACAUUCAUCGGAACUGAGCCUUCUCUUGGAGUCAAGAAGCCUACCAAAGCUCUGCUCUUUGUAAUCUUGAGCCCAGUGGGACCUUACUUUUCAAGUGGAACCUUUAAUCCUGUGUCCCUGUGGGCUAAUCCAAAGUAUGUAAGAGCCUGGGAAGGUGGAACUGGGGACUGCAAGAUGGGAGGGAAUUACGGCUCAUCUCUUUUUGCCCAGUGCGAAGCAGUGGAUAACGGGUGCCAGCAAGUUCUGUGGCUCUAUGGAAAGGAUAACCAGAUAACUGAAGUUGGAACUAUGAAUCUUUUUCUUUACUGGAUAAAUGAAGACGGAGAAGAAGAACUGGCAACUCCUCCGCUAGAUGGCAUCAUUCUCCCAGGAGUGACGAGGCGGUGCAUUCUGGACCUGGCACACGAGUGGGGUGAAUUUAAGGUGUCAGAGAGGUACCUCACCAUGGAUGACCUGACAACUGCCCUGGAGGGGAGCAGAGUGAGGGAGAUGUUUGGCUCUGGUACAGCCUGCGUUGUUUGCCCAGUUUCUGAUAUACUGUACAAAGGCGAGAACAUACACAUUCCAACUAUGGAGAAUGGUCCUAAGCUUGCAAGCCGUAUCUUGAACAAAUUGACUGACAUCCAGUAUGGAAGAGAAGAGAGCGACUGGACAAUCAUAUUAUCCUGAAUGAAAAAGACAGGAUAUCAUCUGUGUGCUGUUGGAUUUGAAUUAUGAUAGAUUUCUCUGGUUACCUGUUAUUAGUUGUGCAUAAUGUAGUUUGUAUUAUCAGUGUGUUACAAGGGGGAUUGUUUCCUCAUGCCAGAGAAAAUGAAUUGCAAUCAUCAAGCAGUAUUUUGUCAACUUGGUAGUAGCAGCUUACCUUACUUUUCCACCAUAAGCCAUAUAACAUAGAAUUUUUCUCAGUAAUUAGAGUGCCUCCCUUAGUAUUUUAUUCAGAUAUAAAAAGUGUUUGUUUAUUCUUUAGUAUGUCAUGUUUUGCUCCUCAACCAAAUGAGAUUUUUUGUUUGUUUGCAAGCUGAUUUGGGUAAAUUUCAUCAGUAACAUUUCCUGCGAAACAUCUUAAACAUUUCAUGUGACACAUGUUUUUGUUUUUCUUAAAUCAAGACUUUGAAAAACUAGAUUUUCUCCUGUCCCAUUUUUUGGCCGGUCCCCUAAGUCCGUAUUAAGGUAGAUAUCUUCCUUCUUCCUGCCUUAUACAUCAGUAAGACCUGAGCACGUUUCCACCAUAGUUCUUUCCACAUUGUACUGUAAUGAGGGUCUUGUGCCUUCUAGAUCUUUGUAUCCCCAAGGCCUGGCAUAUAGUAGGUACUCAGUAAAUGCUUUGAGUGAACAUUUAGCUUCUACAGAAGUGUACCUUCUUUGUUUCAAUACUGUGAAAUCUGUAUUAGAAUUUGUGAUUGAUUCUGACAUUGUGUAUAUUUACCUCUUAUUGUCUUUAUUUUUUAUGGGCUAAGUUAUUAGAGAUAUCAGAGGCAUAGUGAGUUGGAGGAAUCACUUCAUAUUUGAAGACUGUCUUGGAGUUGAAGAUAUUGCUUGAGAGAAAAGUCAUGAUAUUAUAACCAACGAAAUGGAAACAAAUGUUAAGUGUUAAAUGCAAAAUAAAUUAUUAUUAUUAUUUUGGUAGAAAGCAAAAA